UCCAUGGCCGUAACUUUUGGUACAGGAAGGAAGACAAGAAACGAGGAGCACCUGGCGCUUUUCAAGGUUGGGUUUUUCGAUUCUCUCUCUCUAGGCCGAGGACAGAGGAAGAAGAAGAUCCGGGGUGGAGAACAGGGCUAGUCGGGCUUCAAGAAAUGGAGGGGAAAUCCGGUGAUGCGAAGCCUGUGGAGGAGGAGGUGGUGGUGCAGGACAAGGCGUGCUCCGGGGAGGCGGCCGCGGCCAAGAGCGAGAGCUCGAGCGAGACGAAUGAGCUCCUGGGCAGCGCCAAGAACGACGCCCCGAAGCAGGCCGAGGCUGGAUCUCUCGAUCUUGAUCUGGGCAUGGUCCAGCCCUGGACGAACGGGGAUGGCUGCAACAGGCCUGCGGCAAUGCCAACCCAGCUUACCAUCUUUUAUGAUGGACAUGUCAGUGUGUUUGAUGCAAUUCCGCCAGAAAAGGUCCGUGAAAUCAUGCUAAUUGCUGCUGCGGUGGCUAAGCCUGGGGAUAUGAAGAGCAGUGGGAGCUACCGCCCCUCUUCUCCAGCUCUUACAAGGUCCCCUUCACUGCAAAGUACUGCCACUGCUUUGGCUUCACCCAAGCCUCAGCUCUACCCAAUGCAGCAAAACCCGCUUUGCAAAUUGCAAGCUGAUUUACCAAUUGCAAGGAGGCACUCCCUGCAGCGAUUCUUUGAGAAACGGCGUGAUAGGUUGGUGAACAAGGCACCAUAUGCAAAUCCAUUGGGAUCAAAACUGGGUGAUGACAAACAAACCGGUCUUGGAAUGAUGGCUUCCUCUGAUGUCAGUCAUGGUGAAAAGCCCCUCCUGCCUCAGGAAGAGAAUCAGCUGAAGGCCACAGCGCAGCUUGCGUGAGCUUUAUCUAUCUCGCAGCAUAAUGUGUCUAGUGUCAUUACGUAUCUAAUGUUCGUUCGCAUGUCUGUGUGUGUGCCGGAGUGUUAGCCUGGAUGUAUCUGUGUCUGCACUAAUGCAAAAUCAUGUUGGACUCUGAUGUAUGACUUAUCUUAGGACACGAAUAUGUGACUAGUUUCAGGUCACCGUCGUAUUGAUGAAGGAUGUCUGUGUAAUUGUUUGUCGUCCUUCGUCCAUGUAAUGUAAUGUACUUUCACAAUCUAGCUCAACCACACCUGUCACCCAACAGGAUUGUUGGCCUCUAAAAUGGAGUUUAACAUUAUCACGUGUGGAUAAUGCCUGAUAGUGCUUUCAAUAGGUGAUGAUUAAUCCAUGUUGGGUUUGGCAGUUGGAAUCAUUUGUUUGAUGAA